GCAGCCGGGGCGCGUGGCAGCCGGCGAGGCCGCCCGUGACUCGUCACCGUCCCCGUGCAGGCCCCACCAUGACGCACCAGUACCCCGCGCUGACGGCCGAGCAGAAGAAGGAGCUCUCGGACAUCGCCCUGCGCAUCGUGGCCCCGGGCAAGGGCAUCUUGGCUGCUGAUGAGUCCGUAGGGAGCAUGGCCAAGCGCCUCAACCAGAUCGGGGUGGAGAACACGGAGGAGAACCGCCGGCUGUACCGCCAGGUCCUCUUCAGCGCCGACAGCCGCGUCAAGAAGUGCAUCGGGGGCGUCAUCUUCUUCCACGAGACCAUGUACCAGAAGGCCGAUGAUGGGACUCCCUUCGUGCAGAUGAUUAAGGACAAGGGCAUCGUCGUGGGCAUUAAGGUGGACAAGGGCGUCGUGCCCCUGGCUGGGACGGAUGGAGAAACCACGACUCAGGGCCUGGACGGGCUCAUGGAGCGCUGCGCCCAGUACAAGAAGGAUGGCGCUGACUUCGCCAAGUGGCGCUGCGUGCUGAAAAUCAGUGACAACACCCCCUCUGCCCUUGCCAUCAUGGAGAACGCCAACGUGCUGGCCCGCUACGCCAGCAUCUGCCAGCAGAACGGCAUCGUGCCCAUCGUGGAGCCAGAGAUCCUGCCGGAUGGGGACCACGACCUCAAGCGGUGCCAGUACGUGACGGAGAAGGUGCUGGCGGCCGUGUACAAAGCGCUGAGUGACCACCACGUCUACCUGGAGGGCACCCUGCUGAAGCCCAACAUGGUGACCCCUGGCCACUCUUGCCCGACCAAGUACAGCCCCGAGGAGAUCGCCAUGGCCACCGUCACUGCCCUGCGCCGCACUGUCCCCCCAGCUGUCCCAGGUGUCACCUUCCUCUCCGGAGGCCAGAGCGAGGAGGAGGCCUCCAUCAACCUCAACGCCAUCAACACGUGCCCGCUGGCGCGGCCCUGGGCCCUCACCUUCUCCUACGGGCGGGCGCUGCAGGCGUCGGCGCUCAGCGCCUGGCGCGGGCAGCGUGACAACGCCAGCGCCGCCACCGAAGAGUUCGUCAAGCGCGCCGAGGCUGAUGCUGCCCUGCGCCAGCUGCAGGACGCCCCGCUGGGCGCUCUGACCGUCUAUGUGCUCCCUGAAACCUCCUCGCUGCUCCCUCAGGGUGAGGAGCCCGGCCCUGUGCGCAGCCCUCGCUGCAAUGUCCCCUCGCAGGGCAUCGACGUCUAA